AUGGCUCCAGAUAAAGUCGAAUGUCCCAUCUGUUCACUCCUGGUCGCAGAAACAGAUAUAAACCUUCACUUGGAUCUACAAUGUCGAGGCUCAUCGUCAGCGGCGGGGCCGAGUACGACUCCGAAAUUCAGAACAAAAGGAUCACAGAGCUCUCCUGAUCGGGAAGUCAUUGAUCUACUAGAGAAUACACCGACCUCGAAACUCUCUAAUUCAAGGAGGUCCUCGAACAAAUCAAUGCCUGUCGCAUCGAUCUUCAAUUCGACAGCCAAGCGCAAAUCUUCCUCGCAGGAUGAGUCCAUACCGAUGGACAUAGAUAAGAAGGGCACAAAUGUAUCAUCCGAAGAGGGAAAAGGGGAAAAGAAACAGAGGCUAAAUCCUCUCAUAGCGAAUCAACCUCUGGCGGAACGUUCCCGACCUACAAGCUUAUCAUCUUAUAUUGGUCAAACGGACCUCGUGGGACCUGGAUCACUACUUAGAGCAAGGAUCGAAGCUGGAGAAGGAGUAGGGAGUUGUAUACUAUGGGGACCACCAGGAUGCGGUAAAACGACGUUAGCUAGAUUAAUAGCUAAAACUGCUGAUGCCGAUUUUAAGGAAUUGUCAGCCACUAGUUCAGGUACAUCGGAUGUCAGACAGGUAUUCGAACAGGCCAAAAAUUCCCUCAAGUUGACUGGAAGACGAACAAUAUUGAUGAUCGAUGAGAUACAUCGAUUUAACAAACCUCAACAAGACCUGUUCUUACCCUACGUCGAGAACGGUUGGGUCCAACUGAUAGGUGCGACUACCGAGAACCCCUCUUUCAAAGUGAAUGGUGCGUUACUCAGUCGAUGUCAAGUAUUCACAUUAUCUCCUCAUUCACCCGAAUCACUCCAAGAAAUACUUACCAACGCCCUUUCCUCCCUUCCUCCUCCAAUACCCCACUUACCACCUGACCUCAUACCAUUCUUGGCGGAUGUAGCUGAUGGAGAUGCGAGGCAAGCUCUGAAUGGGUUGGAACUAGCUUUGAAAGUCUGUCAGAAUCCACAACCACAACAAUCUAAACUCUUGACAGAUUCGAAACCUGAUGGUCAGGAUCAGGAUCAGGAUGAAAAUGAAAGGCAAAAGAAGAGAGAUGAAGAAUUGAUGGAUGCUGUUCGAAGAGGUUUGAGAAAGGGAUAUGAUCGAUCGGGAGAAGAGAGAUACGAUAUGAUAUCUGCUUUGCAUAAGUGUUUGAGGGGAUCGGAUGGUAGUGCUGCGAUGUAUUGGUUAGCCAGAAUGAUUACGGGCGGUGAAGAUCCACUAUACAUUGCUAGACGACUGGUGAUUGUCGCCAGCGAGGAUGUUGGAUUAGCUGAUUCUCAGGCAUUACCACUUGCUAUGGCAACAUAUCAGGCUUGUCAGGUUAUAGGCCUACCAGAAUGUCGGAUUAACCUGGCUCAUUGCGUAGCGUAUCUUGCGGAAGCUCCUAAGUCCACCAGAUCUUAUACAGCUUACAAGCGAGCCGAAGCAUUAUGUCAUCAACCACCUUUACCUGGAGUACCCUUGCAAAUCCGCAAUGCCCCUACGACACUGAUGAAGAAGUUGGGUUAUGGUAAGAAAUACUCUUAUGAUCCGGAUUACAAACAUCCAGUAUACAAUGAAUACCUACCACAUACACUCGCGAAUCAUUCGUCCCAUUCACCAUACCCUGAUGAACAUUUGCUAAAGUCGCUUGAAGCUGAAUUGAAGGAGAAGAGUUGGGAUGAAGAUAGGUUGAGUGAGUGGGAAUGGAGAAUAAAUGGGAAUAAGGAAUGGGAAGGUCGAUUGUCCUCGAAGGAAUAG